AAAAAAAACGUUAAGAGAUGAGGAGGAAAUCAGGAACAAGGGAAGAUCAGAACUGGUCAACUAGGGAGAAAUUUUUUAUAUCAGUUUUUUUUCCUACUCGAAGAAACGUGCAAGUUAAACGUACUCAAUUUGGAAUCUACUACCAGAUUCGAAGAACUUUCUUUCUAAAAAGGACGAGCAAAUCACGGCAGAGAAAAGCGCCUGACAAAUAUUGAUUUUCUUUUUCUUCACUUUUUUUUAUCGAACAAUCAAAAUUAUCUUUUUCUUCUUACUCUUUGUCUAAGCUUCUUUGAAAAAGUCCCCAGCGAAUUCACAUCGGAAAAGUCUAUAAGAGAUCGAUGGCGGUGCGAGUUGGAAAGGGAAGUUCGCCGUCGAUGGAUUCUCUGGUUCUCAAGCCGCUCGUUGUGGUUCCUCCCCGCCACCGCCACCACCACGGCAGUGUCCUCGGCCGUUGUUGGCGGCCGCCGGUGCGUCUCCUCCGUCUGCCCGCCUCGGUCACAGUGGCGUCGAACGGGGCCUUGGCAGCGAAAUCCUUGCCGAAUAGCAAUGGUGAAUACACAGUUGGCGAUUUUAUGACCCGAAAGGAAAAUCUUCUCACAGUGAAGCCCUACACUUCGGUAGAUGAAGCACUGGAACUGUUGGUGAAGAACAGGAUCAGUGGCUUUCCUGUGAUCGAUGACGAUUGGAAAUUGGUAUAUACAUUCGUCCCUUCCUUUUUCUUGUUCUCUUUUUAUUCACCAACAAAAUGUUCGUUUUUAAAACUAGCAAGAGCAUCUAUUUUUUUUCAUCUUUGCUAUUGGCAUAUGUUUGAUUAUUUGUCUUCUUAUAUUGCCUGUUUGAUUUUGUCACAGGUAGGAGUGGUCUCGGAUUAUGAUUUGUUGGCAUUGGACUCCAUUUCAGGAAGUGGACGGACCGAGAUAAGCAUGUUUCCUGAGGUCGAUAGUUCAUGGAAAACAUUCAAUGAGAUCCAGAAACUAUUGAGCAAGACCAAUGGUCAAGUCGUCGGCGAGGUGAUGACUCGCACCCCUCUUGCUGUUCGCGAAUCAACCGACCUCGAAGAUGCCGCAAGGCUAUUGCUCGAAACAAAGUACAGAAGAUUUCCAGUCGUCGACGGCAAUGGCAAAGUGGUUGGGAUUAUUACGAGGGGUACCGUAGUUAGAGCUGCGUUGCGGAUCAAGCAUAGAACCAACAAGAACACUUAAUGGAUGGAUAUAUGUACUCUGCAAUCCAAGUUUCAUAUGAGACUUGAUAUAUUGACACUUUUUAUGAGAUUCGAUUAUACGUUGUAGAAACUCCUAAAUAAUUGAUUAUUCACAAAAUUAAUGAUCUA